AUGGGAGACAAUACUACACAUCACUACAUUUCCUCUUUCUUCCUGGUUGGUAUUCCUGGUUUGCAAGAUUUUCAGUGCUGGAUUGGCAUUCCUGUCUGUCUCCUGUUUGUCUUCUCCCUACUGGGGAACACUGUAAUCAUUGUUACCAUCAAGCUAGAGCCAGACCUCCACCAGCCUAUGUAUUUUUUCCUUUGCAUGCUGGCAGUGAAUGACAUGGCUCUUGCAUCUUCUGCAGCUCCCAAGAUGCUUGGCAUCUUCUGGUUGGAUGACCACUGGUAUGACUUUAAUAUCUGCCUAGCACAAAUGUAUUUCAUCCAUACAUUUUGCAUAAUUGAGUCAGCUCUCCUAGUUGCCAUGGCCUUUGAUCGCUAUGUAGCUAUUUGCAUCCCAUUGCGUUAUGUAACCAUUUUAACUUCACCAGUGGUGAUCAGGAUGGGGCUAGUUGGAAUGACUCGAGCUGUUCUCAUGGUUUUGCCCUGCCCUCUUCUGAUUAAGAGACUGCCAUAUUAUACUAAAUACGUCAUCAAUCAUGCAUAUUGUGAGCACAUGGCUGUGGUGAAGUUAGCCAGUGCCAAUACCCUCAUUAACAGAGCAUAUGGUAUCUCGGUGGCCCUAACAGUGAUGACAUUGGACCUUGGGCUUAUAGCUACAUCCUACUUCAAAAUCCUCCAGGCUGUCUUUCGUCUCUCUUCCCAGAAUGCCCGUUCCAAAGCCCUGGGCACCUGUGCUGCCCAUGUCUGUACUAUCCUUGUUUCCUACACACCUGCACUGUUCAGCUUUCUAACUCAUCGCAUUGGCAAGAAGGUACCCCCAAGUGUUCACAUACUUUUUGCAAGUAUGUAUCUUCUGGUGCCCCCAACAGUAAAUCCCCUGGUGUAUGGUGUUAAGACCAAGCAGAUUCGUGACCGAGUGGUGGGUCUCUUUUUCCCAAAAAGAAAAAAUUCUAAAAACUAA